AUGGCCACAGCUUCUGGUUCCAGAACGCAGCCGGUUCCGGUGUCUGGUUCUGAUGAUGAGGAGAAUGAGAGGCAAAGGAGGAAGUAUCAAUUGUUCUCCAAGGAAAUCGAAAAAGAAGCGAAGGGAACCAAGGAUCAACUCCCUGGAAUCCGUACGAAUCGGUCCUUCAAGGAAGGCGAGGAGGGACUUCAAAGAGGUGAAGAAGAAGAUUAA